AUGCUGUCAAAUCAUAUCUAUCAUCGCCUUCAUAGCAGUCCGUAUCAUUAUCUAUCUCCUGGCUCCUUUCUCUAUUAUUUUUGUCUAGCUAGCAUAUCUAUCUAUCUAUCUAUCUAUCUAUCUAUCUAUCUAUCUAUCUCAAUCUGUUCAUAUAUAUAUCUAUAUAUCUCAGUCAUUUCAUAUCUAUCUAUCAAUCUAUCUCAGUCUGUUCAUAUCUAUCUAUCUAUUUAUAUUAUCCCAUUCAGUCUGUCAGGUGCCAUGAUGUCUGCACUGUUCUUCCCACCAAUCUCUUUUGUUUUCCCUUUCCUUCCUAUCAUAAUUUUCCCCUCUCAAAAGUGUCACUCUCUUUCUUUGCCUUCUGCCUUCUUAAUUUCUUCUUUUCUCUUUCAUUUAUCAUUUUCAAUUCUUCUUUUCUCUUUCAUUUAUCAUUUUCAAUUCUUCUUUUCUCUUUCAUUCAUCAUUGUCAAUUCUUUUCUCUUUCAGUUAUUUUCCUGCCUUCUUUCUCUUUCAUUUAUCAUUGCUAGUUCUUUUUUCUCUUUCUUUUCUCUUUCAUUUAUUUCCCCACCUUCUCUUUCUAUUUCAUUCAUCAUUGUCAGAUCUUCUUUACUCUUUCAUUUAUUUUCCUGGCAUUUCUUUCUUUUUCAUUUAUUAUUGUCAGUUCUUCUUUUCUCUUUCAUUUCUUUCUUUCUCUUUCAUUUAUCAUUGUCAGUUCUUCUUUUCUCUUUCAUUUAUUUUCCUGCAUUCUUUUUCUCUUUCAUUUAUUUUCCCGCCUUCUCUUUCAUUUAUCAUUGUCAGUUCUUCUUUUCUCUUUCAUUUAUUUUCCUGCAUUCUCUUUCUCUUUCAUUUAUCAUUGUUAGUUCUUCUUUUCUCUUUCAUUUAUUUCCCACCUUCUCUUCUAUUUCAUUCAUUUUCUUUCAUUUAUCAUUGUUAGUUCUUCUUUUCUCUUUCAUUUAUUUUCUUUCUUUCUCUUUCAUUUAUCAUUGUCAGUUCUUCUUUUCUCUUUCAUUUAUUUUCCUGCAUUCUCUUUCUUUUCAUUUUCAUUUAUUUUCUUUUUCCUUUCCUUUCUUUCUUUUCAUUUAUCAUUGUCAGUUCUUCUUUUCUCUUUCAUUUAUUUUCCUGCAUUCUCUUUCAUUUUCAUUUAUUAUUGUCAGUUCUUUCAUUUAUUUUUUCAUUUCUUUAUUUUCUUUCUCUUUCAUUUAUCAUUGUCAGUUCUUUUUUCUUUUCAUUUAUUUCAUUUAUUUUUCAUUCUUCUUUUCUCUUUCAUUUAUUUUCCCGCCUUCUCUUUCAUUUAUCAUUGUCAGUUCUUCUUUUCUCUUUCAUUUAUUUUCCUGCAUUCUCUUUCUCUUUCAUUUAUCAUUGUUAGUUCUUCUUUUCUCUUUCAUUUCUUUCUUUCUUUCUCUUUCAUUUAUCAUUGUCAGUUCUUCUUUUCUCUUUCAUUUAUUUUCCUGCAUUCUUUUUCUCUUUCAUUUAUUUUCCCGCCUUCUCUUUCAUUUAUCAUUGUUAGUUCUUCUUUUCUCUUUCAUUUAUUUUCCUGCAUUCUUUUUCUAUUUCAUUCAUCAUUGUCAGAUCUUCUUUACUCUUUCAUUUAUUUUCCUGCCAUUUCUUUCUUUUUCAUUUAUUAUUGUCAGUUCUUCUUUACUCUUUCAUUUCUUUCUUUCUUUCUCUUUCAUCUAUCAUUGUCAGUUCUUCUUUUCUCUUUCAUUUAUUUUCCUGCAUUCUUUUUCUCUUUUUCAUUUAUCAUUAUUAGUUCUUCUUUUUUCUCUUUCAUUUAUUUUCCCAUUUUCUUUCUUUCUUUAUUUCAUUCAUCAUUGUCCUUCAUUUAUCUUUCAUUUAUUUUCCUUCAUUUAUUUUAGUUCUUCUUUUCCAUUUAUUUUUCAUUCUUUUUCAUUUAUUUUCAUUGUCAGUUCUUCUUUACUCUUUCAUUUCUUUCAUUUCUUUCUUUUUCAUUUAUCAUUGUCAGUUCUUCUUUACUCUUUCAUUUCUUUCUUUCUUUCUCUUUCAUCUAUCAUUGUCAGUUCUUCUUUUCUCUUUCAUUUAUUUUCCUGCAUUCUCUUUCUCUUUCAUUUAUCAUUGUUAGUUCUUCUUUUCUCUUUCAUUUAUUUUCCCACCUUCUCUUUCUAUUUCAUUCAUCAUUGUCAGAUCUUCUUUACUCCUUCAUUUAUUUUCCUGCCAUUUCUUUCUUUUUCAUUUAUUAUUGUCAGUUCUUCUUUACUCUUUCAUUUCUUUCUUUCUUUCUCUUUCAUCUAUCAUUGUCAGUUCUUCUUUUCUCUUUCAUUUAUUUUCCCGCCUUCUCUUUCAUUUAUCAUUGUCAGUUCUUCUUUUCUUUUUCAUUUAUUUUCCUGUCUUCUCUUUCUUUUUCAUUCAUCAUUGUCAGUUCUUCUUUUCUCUUUCAUCUAA